GAGUGUUAGAACGAGUUAGGUUGUCAUGUAGUAACCAACAGAAGGUUACGAGUUAAAAAAUAUAUAUGAUUAUUUGAUCGUCUGACUGGUUUUGCGUAAAGAGAAGAGAUAUGGAAUGAGUCGGAUACCACAGAUGCGAGUCUUGUGUUGUUUUUGGAGACAUUAUUUAGACAUUUUUUAUAUUCGUGGUGAUCGACGAGAUACCUCGCUUCACGCGGUCGUUCAACUCGCGAUGCUGGACAGAUCGCUGCAUCAUCAUGUUGCUUCCGAGUUAGCGAAAGAAAUCACAAGUUACACCAGGGGGGCAGUGAGUCGUCGUCAUUUAGCUACAGAGGCCAGCCGACAAUUGCAAGCAGAAAAAGAGGGAUGCAUUGGCUACAUCUGUUGAUUUGGCUUGUUGGCACUUCAGUGAUACAGUGUCGCGCCCGGUGAUGUGAAUUAGGAAGAUCAGUAGGUGUUUACAUUGUAGCCUAUCACUUGUGUUAAUGCCUGGGAUUGGCGCGAUGUUCCUCCUAAUUUGUUGGGUGGGUGCGAUCGUAAUUAGCCAAUAUUUUGAUUAUGGGCACAGUGGCUGAAUUUGGGAUAAAUAAAAACAAAAAAGCAUUAUUUUUCAAACACAAUUUUCCUGUGAAACAGGCUAAUCUAUCCAGACCUAGCCUACAUCGUAAUCAUCUGGAAUAUAGGCAGUUCAUGUGUACUGUUAUUGACUCCAUCAUCAUCAAAUGACCUCUUGGACUUGGCAAGGGAGUGCACAUGUUUAGUGUCUGUUGGAUUACACAAUUCGUGUAGGAUAGGCUAUCGACUCAGACACCGGACUCUGCUCGGAUUAUGAUCAUGACCCUGGAAUGUAUGUAUAAUCGCCAAAGAGAUGUUGACUCCAUUGAACUAUGCUGGUGACAUUUCUCCUAAACUAACAAAUAGUUUACAUAGUCGUGUGCUGCUGACUCUUAUUGGAUAGGCUACGUAUUGAUUUUAGUGGGUAAUUGUGCCGCUGUCUCAGUACUUGGUCUGUUUUAACCACACAAUGGAAUACAACAUAAAUAAUCUAAAUAGGUUGCAAAUGGGUUAAUUUCAAAGUUCCGUUGCAUCCUAUGUGUUCCUGACGCGUGAGUAAUCAUUGGUCACAAUCCACUCCUGUAACUGCAUCCACGUGGAGUUCAUGUAGGUCUACUUGAAAACUUUGGGUCAGGAAACUUCCAGCCGUGACGCACAGUCGGCUCCCUCUGCUGUAGUCCUGCUGCAAAAAAGUGACAGCUUUUUAUUUUUGCUGUCAUACAGCGAAGAGGAAGAGGUAUUGACUCAAUAAGUAAAAAGUAGGCUACAGCAGAUUAAAAACAUCAGUCUAAAAUGGCCGGCGACUGCAACUAUAAGAUGCAUUAUGUGAAUGAUGACACAUUUUCUCCAUCCAAACCUCUACUGGACCAAGUGCGGGUGCCCGCGGGGGAGCCCGACGCCCCCAGUGUUCUGCAGGGGCGUGGGUCCGUUUAUUGCUCACCAAACUUUGACAUGAUUGAUGGGCUGCUGUACCGUAAGAAGUUGGAGAGAGGUUUCAUCCACUACCGGGAGGUGCUAGACGAGGACCGACGACUCGGGGCGAUCGCCACUUUCCACCGGCGGCGGCCAGGCAUGUGCCACCACUCCCUGGAGGAUACGUACAGAUCAGUGGCCGAGAACUACUGGUGGGAGGGGAUGUACUUCCAGAUCCGAGACUUUGUCCGGGGAUGUCCAGCGUGCCUGGAGCAGAGGAACAAGAGACCCAAGAAGCGUGUGGGUGAGAGGCGUCUCUCUCAGACGAUGAUGUCACACAGCCGUGACAUGCUGAGUAAACUGAGGAGCCAGCGGGAGGCGGGGCUGUUCUGUGACAUCACUCUGAGGACUGACGGGUGCUCUUACUCCGCCCACAAGGCGGUGCUGGCAGCGGUGAGCGAGUACUUUCAGGAAUUAUUCACUGAGAUGGACUCCGCCCCUAGCUCCAGGUCUGACAUCGACCUCACAGGUUUCAGUGAGUCUAUCCUGAUGUCUCUGCUGGACUUCUCCUACUCCUCUAUUCUGUGUGUGUCUGAGGAGGACCUUCCAGAGGUCAGCACUAUGGCCCGUCACCUGGGCAUGUGGCCUGCCGUGGAGGCCUGUUCUGCCCUACAGACGGAGCAGGGAUACCACGCCGCCCAAUACCCCACCAUGGAGCACCCUGCCCUGGGCUUCUCAUCGCAGAUCCCUGGAUCUCCCCUGGAGCUCCACCACCACCAGAGGAACAGGAGGAAGAAUAGGGGGUUGACUGGAGAGGGCAGGGAGAGGGUGGCUGGGGGUAGAAGGGUAAGGGGUGUGGAUGAUGGCUUCAGACAAAUUCUGGAUCAGUCCAAUGAGUCGAGGGAGGAGAGCCUGACCAGGCGGUCACCCCGUCGGCCCCCCAGACCCAGCCCCCUCCCCCUAGGGCAGAACGGUCUCCCCCUCAGCCCCACCCGCAGGAUGAAGCUCAUGGACUUCAAAUCUCCGUCUUGUAAAAUAUCUUCUUCUCCUCCAAAAACGUAUCCUCCAACCCCCGCUCCCGAAACACCCAAUCUUCCUCCUCGCCCCACACGCGUCUUCUCCGCUCUACUCCCGGGGCCGCCCAGGAAGUUCAGAGACUGCUUCCCAGGACAGAGAGCCCUCCUCGGGGCCGAAAACCUCACCCUGUCCCCCAUACUGCCUCCACCUCCAGCUCCUCCACACAGAGGGCUGGCUCUGAGGCCCCCAUAG